AUCACACUGUGAUGAUUAAGCAAUUGGCUUGUUUAGUUUAGUGAGGAGGAACAACCUAUUGGCAAAUCUAUGUAUGCAGAUUCAAACCGCGUCAUCUUCCCAUGUAUAUAUUUAUUACUAUGUCUCUAAGUUUAAUUUCAUAGUUCCUGCUGGGACCUCAACGCACUCACUCACCACACCCCCACUUUAUUCUUCUCUCUACGCGUUCGAAUAUGUUCUUCUUCACUUUCCACUUUUCAACUCCCUCCACUCCUUUCCUUCCUAGACACAAAACUCAAAACAAAUAAACAAAAGGGUCUUCUCUUCUUGUUUGAAUUUGACUUAAAGCCACUUACUUGUCUUCUUUAUUCUCUAUUUUUGUUUUCAACAUGAUCAUUGCCGAUAUAUAGACAACAUCAGACUGCUGUUAUUAUCUUGGCUACCUACUACUACUGCCUCUUUUCCUUUCACUUUGUUGUUUGUUUGUUAUCUUGACUUUUGAAACCUCAGACUGAGAAUGGAACGUGGGGUUAUUGAUAAUAUCAUCAAUAGGCUUCUCCAAGUGAGAGGCAGACCAGGGAAGCAGGUGCAACUUUCUGAGGCUGAGAUCAAGCAGCUUUGUCUUGUCUCCAGGGAUAUAUUUAUGAGGCAGCCCAACCUCUUGGAACUCGAGGCACCAAUUAAGAUAUGUGGAGAUAUCCACGGUCAAUAUUCCGACCUUCUGCGACUUUUUGAGUAUGGUGGAUUGCCUCCUCGUUAUAACUACUUAUUUUUAGGGGACUAUGUUGAUCGUGGGAAGCAAAGUUUGGAGACAAUAUGUCUCCUUCUGUCUUAUAAAAUAAAAUAUCCCAACAACUUUUUCCUUCUGAGGGGAAACCAUGAAUGUGCUUCUAUAAACCGCAUUUACGGAUUUUAUGAUGAGUGUAAACGAAGGUACAAUGUGAGGCUUUGGAAAGUGUUCACAGAGUGUUUCAACUGCUUGCCAGUGGCAGCUCUAAUUGAUGAAAAGAUACUUUGUAUGCAUGGUGGACUCUCUCCUGAGUUACACAAUUUAAAUCAGAUAAAGGGUUUGCCACGUCCUAUUGAAGUACCUGAAACUGGUCUACUAUGUGAUCUCCUUUGGUCUGAUCCUAGUAGUGACAUUCGGGGUUGGGGAGAAAAUGAACGCGGAGUUUCCUAUACUUUUGGUGCUGACAGGGUGACAGAAUUCCUUCAGAAGCAUGAUCUUGAUUUGAUUUGCAGGGCGCAUCAGGUUGUAGAAGACGGAUAUGAAUUCUUUGCUAACAGACAACUUGUAACUAUCUUCUCGGCACCUAAUUACUGUGGAGAGUUUGACAAUGCUGGUGCUAUGAUGACUGUUGAUGAGACACUUGUGUGCUCUUUUCAAAUAUUGAAGCCAGUAGAAAAUAAAAAGCCUAGUAAGUUUGGCUUUGGGAGCACAACUACAGUUAAGCAGAGUACAACAAAAGCCAAGUUCCAGCAAUCAUUUUUUGGUGCUAAAGCAUGACCUGAUGAGCGCGAGUACAAUUAGUAAAUGUUUGGUGCAUAGCCAAAGUUGACUUGGAAGAAGUGUUAUCAGUGUUCGCUUCAAUGUGAAGGAACAAUACAAUUAUCGAUACAACCCAAGAGCUAUGAGGAAUACUGGAUAUUAUCUCCGCUUUACCUUUUAGGGAUAGCUGAAUGCUUCUGUCUUCUGCUGGCAUAGUUGUCCCUUAUACAAUAUUGCCAAAUACAAAUGGAGGACUGAGGGGUUAGUUUUCUUCUCCUUCAGUCCUCCUAUAUUCUCUUUGUCGAUCUUCCUUUGUAUUAUAGUGAAUUAACGCAUCACACCUUUGAAUGUCAUUUGGAAGUUAUUUCACUAUUGUGAAUGUUGUCACUUGGUUGGUUAGAAUAUAUAUGUUCUACAUACCUUACAUAUAUAGGCCAAUUUUUUAUCUUGGA